AUGCAGGCCGUGCCCAGCGGCCCGCUGCACGCGGCACGCUGCGGGCGGGACAGCGGCGCCGGGCACGCCCGCCCGGGUCCGAAGCUGGACCGGGCAAGGCCUCCCGCCCGCUGGGAUUCAGCUCCCGAGUCAGUGUCCGACGUGCAAUUCUUUUCAAACUUAGACAAGAAACGGCAUGUAGAGCUGAAGAUGGACCAGGCUUUGCUGCUUAUCCAUAAUGAGCUACUCGGGACAAACCUGACCGUCUACUGGAAUUCUGAACGCUGUUAUCAUGUAGGUAUUGACUUCCUGCUCACACUUUUGUGUGCUUUGGGGCUGCUAAUUUCCCGUUUGGAGGUUAUAGCAACAAGUUUGGUGACACCACGAGGAAGCAAACAGACAGAUCUAGAACCUGUGAGUAUUGCGUUCCUUGUUGGUCUGGCGCUCAUCAUUGUGGUGUCCUUUCUAAGGUUCUUGCUGAGUUUGGAUGACUUUAAUAAUUGGAUUUCUAAGGCAAUAAAUUCCCGGGAAACUGAUCGCCUCAUCAAUUCUGAGCUGGGCUCUCCAAGCAGGGCAGACCCGCUUGCUGGCGCUCCCCAGGUGGAGGCGUGGGCUCCGUCUGCAGCAGCGCAGCGCCUCCGCUGUGUGGACACGUUCAGGGGGAUAGCUCUCAUCAUCAUGGUCUUCGUUAACUACGGAGGAGGGAGAUACUGGUACUUCAAACAUGCGAGUUGGAAUGGACUGACAGUGGCUGACCUUGUGUUCCCAUGGUUUGUAUUUAUUAUGGGAUCUUCGAUUUUUCUUUCAAUGACCUCCAUACUGAAGCGGGGAUGUUCAAAAUUCAGAUUGCUGGGGAAAAUUGCGUGGAGGAGUUUCCUGUUAAUCUCUAUAGGAAUCAUCAUUGUGAACCCCAAUUAUUGCCUUGGUCCAUUGUCUUGGGACAAGUUGCGAAUCCCUGGCGUGCUCCAGCGGUUGGGGGUGACGUACUUUGUGGUUGCCGUGCUGGAACUCCUCUUUGCUAAACCUGUGCCUGAAAGUUGUGCCUCGGAGAGGGGCUGCUCUUCUCUUCGAGACGUCCUGUGCGGCUGGCCCCAGUGGCUCUUCAUCCUGAUGCUGGAAAGCAUCUGGCUGGGUUUGACCUUCCUCUUGCCUGUUCCUGGAUGCCCCACUGGUUACCUGGGCCCCGGUGGCAUUGGAGAUCUGGGGAAGUACCCGAACUGCACUGGAGGAGCUGCCGGCCACAUCGACCGCCUGCUUCUGGGAGAGGGCCACCUUUACCAGCGCCCUUCCUCGACUGUGCUGUAUCACACCCAGGUGGCCUAUGACCCGGAAGGCAUCCUGGGGACCAUCAACUCCAUUGUGAUGGCAUUCCUAGGAGUUCAGGCAGGAAAAAUACUCUUGUAUUACAAGGAUCAGACCAAAGACAUCCUGAUCAGAUUCACUGCCUGGUCUUGUUUUCUAGGGCUUAUUUCUGUUGCUUUGACGAAAGUUUCUGAAAAUGAAGGCUUUAUUCCAGUAAACAAAAAUCUCUGGUCCAUUUCCUACGUCACCACGCUCAGCUCCUUUGCCUUCUUCAUCCUGCUCGUCCUGUAUCCCGUCGUGGAUGUGAAGGGUCUGUGGACAGGAACCCCCUUCUUUUACCCCGGAAUGAAUUCUAUCCUGGUGUACGUCGGCCACGAGGUGUUUGAGAACUACUUCCCCUUUCAGUGGAGGCUGGAGGACGAGCAGUCGCACAAGGAGCAUCUCACUCAGAACACAGUUGCCACUGCUCUCUGGGUGCUCAUUGCCUACAUUCUCUAUAAGAAGAAGAUAUUUUGGAAAAUCUGAUGGCUCCAGCUGAAAUGUGUUACUGGCAGAUUCUGGUGCGCCUGGGACUUACUAAAGGGAAUCCUUAAUGAUACGACAGGAUGUGUAUUUCCAGAUUACUGGGGAGAUGCAGAGUCCUCGGGCUGGUGGACUGGGACACGGCUCAUCAGAGCUCUGCCUGAGUAUCUGGGACUUAUAUAUUUGGAAUGUAAUUGUCUUUUUUCUCCAUCUUCUGUAUAAAUGGAUGUAUUUGGAACUUCAUUCUAAGGAUUUCUCAUUUAAUUUUUCAAAAGGGUGUUCCCACAGGCAUUUUGCUCUGUGACGGAUAAAACAAUCUAAGGUCUGAGUCUCAUUGAUGUUGUUUUCCUGCAAACUGCCUUUCCGUGUGUGUACGUGCCAACCAGGAACACCAUCAUUUCUGCUGGGCUGACUACAAAGCUUCUCGAAUGCGAUGUGUAGUAUUGUAGUCUAAUAUCUUUUGGUUAAGUGCAGUUUAAUAUUUCAAGAAAGUCAGAGCAAUUUCCUUUUCAGAUUUGCAAGGCAUUGGUGGGUCCAAAAAAUGC